AUGGAGAAGUUCUGGAAAAUUGAAGAGUGUCAUGACGACCAUCUCAUGACCGAGGAGGAACAAGCAUGUGAAAGGGAUUUCGUAAAAAAUACGCAAUUUUUAGACCAUGGACGCUGUCAAGUACACCUGCCAUUUAAACGAAAUCCUAACGAACUAGGAGAAUCAUAUUCAAUGGCACUUCGGCGACUUCAUGCAAUAGAAAAGAAAUUUUCCAGGAAUCCUUCGUUGCGAAAUCACACUCAGGUUCUACAGGAAUACGAGUCCAUGGGUCACAUGAUAGAAAUUAGCAAUCAUAAUGAUUCAUUCAACCAGGUCCAUUAUCUCCCGCAUCACGCUGUCUGCAAGCAGUCUAGCACUACUAUCAAAUUAAGAGUAGUGUUUGAUGCCAGCUGCAAGACUUCAACAGCGCUCUCGUUGAAUGACAUUUUGAGAGUAGGUCCUACUAUUCAAUCAAACCUAUUUGCAAUACUCAUACGAUUUAGACAACAUCAAUACGUAAUUGCGGCUGACAUUCGACAAAUGUAUCGUCAGGUGAAAGUUGUGGAAGAGCACCAAGAUCUACAACAAAUAAUAUGGCGAGAAGAUCCAGCAGAACUUGUUAAGAUUUUUAAGUUGAGAAUCGUGACGUAUGGCCUCGCGGCUUCUUCAUUUCUGGCGAUCAGGUGUCUACAUCAUAUUGCACUUGAUAAGAAAGACGAAUUUCCUGAAGCUAGUCAAAUUAUCAGGCGAGACUUCUACGUCGACGACUUGUUGACGGGUGCCGAUACAGUGGAACAUGAAAACGAACAGGGCGGCAAGCAACUCAUACCACAAACUGAUGAACAAGUAAAAACAUUGGGCAUAGUGUGGAAUCCCCGAACUGACCAUUUACAUUACGACUCGGAAUGGACCGUGGAUUCUGACAGGGUUACAAAGCGCGGGAUUCUGUUGGUCAUCUCUCGGAUAUUCGAUCACUUGGGUCUAGCGUCGCUAAUCAUCAUUGGAGCAAAAAUCAUGCUGGAGUUGUGGCAAUUGAAAAUCGGUUGGGACAAAGCGGUUCCACUAAACCUUCGAUCACCGGCGCAGUGGAAGACCUUUGUAGCAAACCGCGUGGCUGAAAUCCAAGAAUUGUCCCAAAACGGAACAUGGAGAUACGUGAUGUCCAAGGAUAAUGCGGCGGAUAUUGUCUCAAGGGGUCUUGCUCCCAAACAAUUAUUAUACUCAAUGUGGUGGCAUGGCCCGGACUGGCUGACACAGACAAGAGAGAUGCACUUCGCUGCCGAACCACAACCGAUAAUGGAAAUCCCCGAGAGCAAGAGGAGCGCGCAAACCUUUGCCCUUACGAUGAAUCAAUUUAAAUUAUUUGACAGCGACCUAAAGAUAAGAGGAGUAAAAAUUAUAAACAUCCCUCUCCUACACUCAAAACCAAAACCAAAUCGGGCGGAGACGAGAAGAGAUGAGCCAAUAGCUGAUCAUCUCUACAAAAUAAUAAUUUCGCGAGUUCCCAGUAGACAAGCUCCAAAUUUGAUGGUUUUGAAAGGGCCCACCAAUCCAAGAAUGCCACCGCCUACACCUCAACCCUUCCCUUCGGAAAAUUGA